AUGGCGGAUAUUUCUCGUCAGCCUGACUCCGCAGCUCAGCCGUUGGAUCCCGUCCUCGUGGAGGGAGCGCUUUUUUUCCGGCCAGAGGAGGGGGGGGAGGCGGAGAUUGCGCAAGGCGCAAAAGCUGCUGCGGAAAACCUGCAGCAAAAGCAGGAGCAGCAAGGCGCGCAAAAUUACCGUUUAAACGGGCGUGACGUGGCGCACAGGGACGGUGCAUGGUCCUUUCGUUUGAACCACAGCAACGCGGGUAGAACAAGCGAGGCGGGUGAAGCGGGAAGCACGGGAGCGGAUUUAGGCGUGCAAUUGCGAUCAAUCAACGUGAGAACGACCCGGAACAGAAACACCCCCCGUACUAGCUGGGAGCGGCAGGAUGGCUCUACCCUCGACACGUCGUCUUCCCCUGACAGCGCGUCCCCGUUUGGAACUGCUUCGGUUACAGCAACGGAGGCUGGAGACUCCCUAGCGGUGUACCAACGAGCGGUGGCUAAGCUAGUGGCGUUUGGGUUCAACGGGAAGGAGAUUAACGACCAUGCUCGCCGCCUCAUCGCAUUGGGUGCGGGCGGUGUUGUCCUCUUCGCCCGCAACUUCUCCGAUCCCCGCCAGCUGGCCUCUUUCUGCGCCGACCUCAAGCGGGCGGCGUUCCCUCGGCGUCUUCUCAUCAUGGUGGAUCAGGAGGGCGGCAGAGUCACGCGCCUCGGCCCACCCUUCACCUGCAUCCCCGCCGCCCGCACCAUCGGCUUUUCCCGAAACCCUAAUCUCGCUCGGGCGGCUGGCCGUGUCUUGGGGCGGGAGUUAAGAUCGGUUCAUAUAGAUAUAGACUUAGCUCCUGUACUAGAUGUAGAUACUAACCCUGACAAUCCAGUUAUAGGGGCUCGGUCGUUUAGUCGGGACCCGGGUGUUGUCUCUCAGAUGGGGUACGAGCUUAUAAGGGGUAUGCAAGGGGAGGGGGUGGCAGCGUGUGUGAAGCAUUACCCAGGGCAUGGGGAUACAUCGAUCGAUAGCCACCUGGCGCUUCCCUAUUCGUCGCACGAUCUCAGCCGGCUUGAAUCUGUGGAGCUGGUGCCGUUUGCGCGGGCAGCAGUGGAUGCUGACGUGGCAGCAGUGAUGGUCGCCCACGUGGCAGUGCCUGCACUUGCCACGUGGCAGCCUCCCCCUUCCAUGGAGUACCUCCCAGAGAGUGUGAAACGUGUCAUCAGUCCACGGUGGGAUCUGUUUUCCCCGUACAGGAGGCGAAAGCAGUGGGACGAGGCGAGGAGAGAAGCAGAAGCAACCUUGGGAUUGCCGCGAUCGCUCUCUGAGUCUGACCUGAGGGGUUCUGGCAGUGCUGGUGAUAAGAGUAGCCAUGACAGCAGUAGAAAUAGCAGUAACAGUUGUGUUACCACUGGAGCUGACACAGUCAAAUCCCCAUCAACCACACAACAGCCACACCAGCAGCAGCCUAUUCCUCCUCCCACCAACCACUCCACCCCAUCCCCCAACCCCUCCCCACUGGCUGCCUUCGGCUCUUCUCUCCCUGCCACUCUCUCCCCCGGUGCCCUCUCCUACCUUCGUAUGGAGAUUGGUUUCGAAGGCGCCGUGCUAUCAGAUUGCCUGGAGAUGGGGGCGAUAGUGAAGCAUGUGGGUGUGGGAGAGGCAGCAGUGCUGGCUGUAGCAGCAGGGGUGGAUAUGGUGUUGGUCUGCCACACGGAGACCAGACAGGCAGAAGCUGUUAAUGCGCUGGCGCACGCGCUACAGUCCGGGCGGCUCUCAGUGAAAAGAUUCCGGGCAGCUUCCCGGGCAGUUGAUGCGCUGGCGCGAGUGUUUUGGCGGCCGCCCCCGCCCGAGGGGAGUGAGGUGGAGGAGAGGUAUUGGGAGGAGGAACAGCGGGUGGUGGGGUGUAGGGAGCAUAGGGAGGUUGUAGCAGAGAUAGAGCAUGAGGCGUUGGCGCGGGGAGAGGGGGAUGAUUGGAAGGAGAAGGAGAGGAGGGAGGGUGGUCAGCGGUGUACUAUAUCUCAUGAGUUCCGCUCAUACUCUGCACCGCCCGCUCAUACGCUGCACCGCCCGCUCAUACGCUGCACCACCCACUCAUACGCUGCACCGCACGCUCAUACGCUGCACCGCCCGCUAAUACACUGCACCGCACGCUCAUACGCAGCACCGCACGCACAUACGCUGCACCGCACGCUCAUACGCUGCACUGCACGCUCAUACGCUGCACUGCCCGCUCAUACGCUGCACCGCCCGCUCAUACGCUGCACCGCCCGCUCAUACGCUGCACCGCCCGCUCAUACGCUGCACUGCCCGCUCAUACGCUGCACCGCCCGCUCAUACGCUGCACCGCACGCUCAUACGCUGCACCGCACGCUCAUACGCUGCACCGCCCGCUCAUACGCUGCACCGCCCGCUCAUACGCUGCACCGCCCGCUCAUACGCUGCACCGCCCGCUCAUACGCUGCAGAUCACACAUAUCACGAAGAAUUUUCCAGAUCUGCGAUUUUCACACUUGUUUUCUCACUAUCUUACCAUGAGCUGAGCCGCAUUCACGAAGAGAGAGGCCGCCGCUGCCCGUUGGAGCAGCUGGUGGAGAGGAGUAGGGGUUGGCAGAGGGGAGAGUGGAACAAAAUAUUGGUGGGUGGCGAGAAGUGA